GAGUUUUAGGGUUUUAGUGUGCCCACCGAAUCAGUUCUGUCUGGAUUCGCACGUCGUCGCCCUCGUUCGUCCUUUCUCUCUUCAUCUCAUCUUCUUCGUUCAAUUCUAAUCCAGCAAUCAAGCAACUAGUCCAGGAGCAAAAUCUACACCUUGGAUUUUGACGAUGGAGAUUAAGGUUGUUUCGUUCCCCGCCGAGAACCCUCCGCUCGCGGAGCUUGUCGCGGCCAAGCUCGCCGGGAUUUCUCUCCCAACCGACGCCUCUCUCCCUCCUGAUUCCCCUUAUUCUUUUCAGUUCUCCAAUGGGUUGAAAUUACAUGGAAAAAAUGUACUUCUUCGAUAUAUGGGUCGGAUUGCGAAAUUGUAUGGGGAGAAUGCAUUCGAAGCUGGGAAGAUUGAUGAGUGGCUUGAGUACGCGCCUGUGCUCUCACAGGGUUCUGCGUUUGAGAGUGCUUGUAAGCAUUUGGAUGAAUAUUUGGGAAGCAAUACUUUUUUCGCCAAUCAAUCUUUGUCGAUCGCUGAUAUCGCAAUCUGGUCCGGUCUUGCAGGAACUGGGAAAAGAUGGGAGAGUUUGAGGAAUUCAAAGAAGUAUCCAAACCUUUCUCGGUGGUUCAAUUCCCUAUUAGCCGGAUAUGGUGAUGCUCUGAAUGAAGUCACUGCUACCUUCAUCGCAAGAAAGGCUUCAGGAAAGCCAAUUGCAGCUAAAGCAAAAGGCAAUCAGGCUGAUCCACAGUCAAAGGGUGCAAAUGGAGAUGCAUCUGAGAAAGGUAAAGCAGGAAGCAAACCAACAUUUGAAGUAGAUCUUCCUGAAGCAAAGGUUGGGAAGGUUCGACUGAGAUUUGCGCCAGAACCCAGUGGUUAUCUUCACAUUGGGCACUCAAAAGCAGCGUUAUUGAAUCAGUAUUUUGCUCAACGGUAUCAGGGUCAGCUUAUUGUGCGGUUUGAUGAUACAAAUCCUGAUAAAGAAAGCAAUGAGUUUGUGGACAAUAUUCUCAAGGAUAUUGAGACUUUGGGUAUCAAGUAUGAAAAGGUUACCUAUACUUCAGAUUACUUUCCUCAGUUAAUGAAAAUGGCCGAGAAUUUGAUUCGCCAGGGUAAAGCAUAUGUUGAUGAUACGCCACGUGAAGAGAUGAAGAAAGAAAGGAUGGAUGGCAUUGAAUCAAAAUGUAGAAACAACAGUCUAGAGGAGAAUCUUAAAUUAUGGAAUGAGAUGAUUGCUGGGUCUAAGAGGGGUAGGGAGUGCUGUGUCCGUGGGAAGCUGGAUAUGCAGGAUCCAAAUAAAUCUGUCCGUGAUCCAGUUUAUUAUCGCUGCAAUCCAACACCACAUCAUCGGAUUGGGUCCAAGUACAACUUAUACCCAACUUAUGAUUUUGCCUGUCCAUUUGUUGAUUCCAUAGAAGGUAUCACACAUGCACUUCGAUCUAGUGAGUAUCAUGAUCGCAAUGCUCAGUACUAUCGAGUUCAAGAGGACAUGGGACUGCGAAAAGUUCAUAUCUAUGAAUUUAGUAGAUUGAACAUGGUUUAUACGCUUCUCAGCAAGCGCAAGCUAUUGUGGUUCGUUCAAAAUGAGAAGGUUAGUGGAUGGGACGAUCCUCGUUUUCCAACUGUCCAAGGAAUUGUGCGCAGAGGUCUCAAAGUUGAAGCCUUAAUACAAUUCAUUCUUGAGCAGGGGGCUUCGAAAAAUCUGAAUCUCAUGGAAUGGGACAAACUCUGGACUAUUAAUAAGAAGAUAAUUGAUCCUGUAUGCCCAAGACAUACUGUCGUCAUUGAAGAGCGCCGUGUGUUGAUGACCCUGACCAAUGGUCCUGAGAAACCAUUUGUCCGCAUCAUUCCUAGGCAUAAGAAGUAUGAAGGUGCUGGGGAGAAGGCAACAACAUACACAAGGAGGAUAUGGCUAGACUAUGCUGAUGCGGAGGCCAUCAAAGUAGACGAGGAAGUAACCUUGAUGGAUUGGGGGAAUGCCAUAGUUAAGGGAAUUGAGAAGGAUGAAGACGGAAAUCUCAAACUCACAGGGGUCUUGCAUCCCGAGGGUUCUGUUAAGACCACAAAAUUGAAGCUCACCUGGCUCCCUGAAUCAGAUGAGCUUGUUAAGCUCUCAUUGAUGGAGUUUGAUCAUCUGAUAACAAAGAAGAAGCUCGAAGAAGAUGAGAAUUUCGUUGAUGUUGUUAACCCAUGUACCGAAAAGGAGACUGCAGCACUUGGGGAUUCCAACAUGCGAAAUCUCAAGCGUGGGGAUAUAUUGCAGCUCGAGAGGAAAGGAUAUUUCCGAUGCGAUGUUCCCUACCUCAGGCCGUCAAAGCCCAUUGUUCUAUUUGCAAUCCCCGACGGCAGGCAGCAGACUGGAUUGAAAUCGCUUGGAUUCCACAAGUGAAUAGAAAGUUGGAUCUACCUCGGAUCUUAUCUAAAUAGCCUCAUUUAUCCUCCUGAGUAGAAGUUUGGUUUCAAACCGGGGUUCGAACAAGAGAAGUAGGCCAUGCUAAUGUGCCUUGGAUGAUCCACAUCUCAAGUUAGGCGCUUAUGAGUACAUUGACUUUUACCUGAGGUUGGAGGAUGCGUCGAACAUGUUUUUUUGAAAAAAUUAUUAUUAAGGGCAAGGAAAGUUCCGAACCUGGAACGCAUGGCGGAAAUCCAAAAUCCUAUUUACUAAAA